AACAACAUGGCGAUGCAGUAGUGUAAAAGUUUAUAUUUUCGUAACAUUUUAUUACAUUUUUGCACUAAAAUGAAUAACACAGAGGAAAGGAAAAAUCGUAAGGCUACAAAAGCGUCACAUGUAUCCAGUAGCCGAGAGUCCAGCGUAGAUAUACAGCGGUGGAUAAAAGACGUACAUAAAUAUUCGAAUGGCAGGGAAGACAUGUUUAGUGCAAGCGGUGAUAUUAAUGAGAAGUUAGAAGAUGCUAGCCAUGCAGAAGCGCAAGUAAUUGUGAACACCUGGCUCAGAGAAAAACUGUAUGAUGAGAUAACAGAUGACACUGGAGACCAUUCUGUACCAUUCCCACAGUGGCAGUGUCCUCAUCAAGACAAAGAUAUAAGUACUGAUAGCAAAGAUCUAUACCAUGAGAUUCAGGAGAGAGAUGAUUCUGUUGCUGUUGCUUCUAUUUUGAACUCUAUGCGUUCAACCCCAAUCGCCAUAGAGAAGCAAUCCACGUGGUUUAGACAAUAUGAAACAAAGAAUGUCACUGAUCCUAAAACCACAAUGGAAAUGAGACAUAAGCAGGUGAGGGAAAACCGUCAGCACAUGGAAAAAGAGAAAUGGCAAAAGCAGAAGGAGAAGCUUGCUAGAAAAGCAGCUGUUUUGGAGGCCAAGGAAUUGUUGAAGAAGGAGGAGCAUGAGCGGAGACAAAAAGAAAAACAAGAGGAGAUGGAACUUCAGAAAGAAAUGGCAACAUUACGAAGGGAGAUGCAAAUGAGGAGAGAAGCAGAAGAUAACCUUAAAAAACUUAGACAGAAGAAACGAGAGGAACGCGUAAGGAAAAGCAUUGAUGCUACCGUUGGUGCUGGCAGAUGUGCAGUUGCUGAUGUACGGCAUGAUGUAUCUGUUCCCGAACCAGCCUCUGCUCUCAAGCUGAAAAAUGAAUCUCAAAUCAUCGAGAGACUAGCUGUUAUUGAAGUCAAACGAAAUCUACAGUCCAAACGUAGAGUGUUCGCAGCCUGGUAUAGCUUGCUACUGCAGAAGCGUGCACAGAUGGGGCAGGUGCGAGCACUGGCAGAGUGGAAGUGCGUGCUGAGGGCAUGGAAUUCAUGGAGGGCUUACAUACGUAGCAUUCAUCUCAAGCAGGAAGCUAUUCUGCUCGAGGCACAGGCGAGGGCUGAACAUAGGAAGAUGUUACUGGCAGUUCAACACCAUAGACACGCAACACAACGGAAGUAUUUCCUCUUAUGGCGUCUAGUGAUACAGCGUCAGAUUGAGUAUAAUAAUCAGCAAGUUGUCGCCUUGGAAACCAGGAACAAAAUGGAUGCUUUUCUUGGAGCAAUUGCAUCUGGAACGUUGUCAGGGACAAGUGGGGAAAACAAAUCGUCACCAGAAAAAUUAAGUGAAAGCGUUGCUAAAGAUAAAUACCAUGAAGAUGUAAAGCUACCCGCUUCACAAAGUGAUUCAGCGCUAAAGGUAUCACUGCCGCACGGGAGCACAUCUCUAAGGACCAAGUGUGGUGUCAAUCGAUUGUCGAAAAAGAACUCCUGGCAGCUUUCACAGAAGGAUAUCCAUGUUGUGAAAAGUACACUAGAUUUGCCGUCAAGUGGUGGUAGCUCUAGCAGCCUGCGGCAGGGUGGUGCACGGAGGGGAGCGGUGUACAGUCACAGGUUCGCAACGCAGCACAAGAUGCUGGGUGAGCAGAAGAAGCUGAUCCACCAGCAGCAGCAGCAGAUCGACGAGCUUCACUUUCUCUGUCGGCAACAGCAACUCAAGGACAAGCUGCGCAGCAUACAUAAGCAGAGAAUGUCAACGACACCUGGAAAUCAUAGCCCUGUCCAAAAUACUACAGUGGUGGACGGUGGCAGCCCCGUAGUAUCCGAGAGUGAUGGCAGUAGAGUUAACACCAGUGCAAGUCACGUGACACUCAGCGAUAAUGCCAGCUUUGCUACGACCACAAUUUCUAUUGCCUCGGAGUUCGUAACCGAGCCGGCAUCCAAACGGCAAACGAAGCCAUUGCCGUUGGUGUGUAUGGAGGAGAGAGCUAAGGUACGAGCAGAGAGGAGGGCUGCGAUAGAGGAACGCAAGAGGAAACAGGCAGCAGAGGAGGCUGCCAGGUUACGAGCAGUAGAGGAAGAACAACAAAGGCAGGAGGAAGAGGAGAAAAAGAAAAGGCUCGCUGAACGUAGGGAGCGAAAGCUGCUGGAAAAACAGCAAGAAGAGGAGCGACAACAAAGGCUUGAGGCAGUAAGACAAAAGAACAGGACAGCCGGCAAGCACUACAAGGUAGUGCUACUCCGUCGCAGCUUUUGUUCGUGGCGGAAACUCGUUACAGAAAAGCACAAGCAACAACAAAUGGCCAGCGAACACCACAGAAAAACAUUAUUGAGAAAGUGUCUCCAUUCGUGGCAUGCUGUUGCUCUGGAAUUCAAGACUCAAAACACGCAGGUGGCAGAUGAUAUGUAUAGACUGAUUCUCACCAGGCAAUACUUUCAGAAGUGGAAGGAGUAUGGCAAGAAGAUGCUGCAGCUGGAAGAAAGGGCACAACUGCUGUACUCUGAGAAGUUGCAGAGGAAAGUACUUCACGUCUGGCUCGCAUACACCACCGACGAAAACCUCCUUCUCUGGCAACAAGAGACGAAGGCGAAGAAACACGACGAAAGACGGUUAAAGCAGAAGAUGUUCUGUGCAUGGAAAGCACUGCCACGUAUCGUGAAAGCACUCAGGGCAAAGGAGCUGAGAAAGGCAGAGCUGAGGCGUAAAGUAGCGGCCAUCUUACCCGACUACGUGGGACCUGACGGGAAUGAAUUCGUAUGACUUGGGACAAAAAACAGCUUCGUUCCAUGUCCGAAUGCACGGAUGCGAAAAUCUGGAUGAUGUUAGGAUCUGCUAACCUGUAAUAGGAAUGUAUCUUUUUUGCUAUGAUUGUUAUUUAGUGUUUACUCUUUGAAUUUGCAGGACACUUUUUGUAAUGCAUUUUACUUACGGUUACCAAGAUUACAAAAUCGGGUGUUGUAUAUGCAAUCAUAACCGUGGCAUAGAUUAUACUGUGAACUUGUAAAUAACAUUUUAUCUAUACCCACUUGCUGUCUUGUUAUAUAGUAGGUUCGAAGUUGUACAAAAAUGUUAUGCCUGUGAUCAUGAACAUAUCUAUAGAUAUAUACUAGCUGCUGGUACCCGCUGCGCUGGGUAAAAUCGUGCUAC